UCUAUGUUUGUGGGUGGUCGUUGGUGCGGUCGCGUUGAUGAGCAGGCCCGCCACCGCGGUGGUUGGCGGAGACCCAGCCUCGCCACCGGAGCCCGAUUCGGCCGUGGUUUUUACCCAAAAACACGGCCGAAGCGCCCGACUCGAGGGUUACAAGAACGAUGCGCUUGGAUAUUAUACCUUCUUAGGCAUCAGGUACGCCGAACCUCCAGUUGGCAAUAGAAGAUUCCAGAGGCCAAUUCGCCGGUUCCUCAGCGGAGAAUUGUCAGCGACGAAGCAAUGCGCGCCGUGCCCUCAGUUGGACCCGUGGAACCCGAGGAAAGCAGUCGGACAUGAAGACUGCUUAUGUCUUAAUAUAUAUGCACCCAAAAUGCCCGGAGAGGAAGAAGGUUGUCCUGUGGUAUUUUUCGUACACGGCGGUAAUUAUCGAAGUGGAUCAAUAGCUCCUUACGGGGGUCAACACCUAGCCCAGAAGGACACAAUUCUAGUAACAGUGCAAUACCGGCUCGGCUCUCUGGGCUAUUUGAGUACUGGGCAAAGAGACGCCCCAGGCAAUGCUGGCCUAUUCGAUCUGAGAGCUGCUCUUACAUGGACACAAGAAUAUAUUGAAUUCUUCGGCGGCGAUAAGAACCGCAUAGUUGUGAUGGGUCAAGGAUCGGGUGCUAGUGCGGCGUCCAUUUUGGGCCUGUCGCCGGAGGGGCGCAGCGCAGCGGGUGUGGCCGCCUUGUCUGGUACACCUCUCUCUCCUGGAGCGGUCAGGAGUGACCCAGAUGCUCACGCUAAGGAACUAGCAGAGAGGACUGGAUGUCCACACAAGCCCGCUGAAAGAUUGAUGCAAUGUCUAAAGAAGAUUCCAGUAGAAAAGAUAAUAUUGGCGGAUAGUGAUAUGAAUAUAGACAUGGUUGAUACGAAUAGGUUUCUUGAUGAGAUAUCUGGCAGAUCAGGAUCUGGAGCCCGUGUUGAGGAAGAGGACGACCGGCGCGCGCUCCCGCCUCUCGUGUCGGAGCAACCCUCACAGUCGCUGCAGCGCCGCCGCCAGCACUGCCCGUUGCUCACCGGCGUCGUCUCCGCAGAGACAUCCAAAGCAGUGUUCGGCAAAUAUUCUACUUUCUUAACCAGCAAGUUGGGUGAAGUUCGAGAUUUUAUAAAGAAGGAACUGAUAGGUGGAUUGCGUGGUGUUGUGCAAGGAGUUGAUGGUCUGAUCCCAUUGAAAGCGUUGGGAGUUGAUUCCCUAAUACCUUUGCCAGACUACUACCAGGCGUUGUUUGACAGCACUUCAAAGGCCGUCGAUGGACUGUCCCAAAUUGUUGACGCUACAAGCGAUGCGCUGUUCAACUUCCCGGCGUACCAAACAGUGCGUGCGUGGGGCGCGGCCAGCCCCGCUUUCCUGUACAGCUUCGAGCACGUCGGCAAUCUCACUAAAGGCAACCAUUUCUUGCCUGGUAUUUCACUGACACAGGACGGCGAUUCAAAAGUAAAGGUUCCAAAGAAAGGUCCAUCUCAUGGGGACGAGCUCUCUUAUAUAUUUGAGCCGUUAGACGAGGCGGGGAAUCCUCUCGGGCUGGAUGUCUCCAACACUGACCAUCGCGUUAGAGAGUCAUUUGUGGGCCUUAUUAGCAAGUUUGCGCACAACCUAGGCCCUUCGGCUAAUAAAUCCAAGUCGUUCGGUUUCAUGCCCUUCUCGCAAGAUAAUGAUCAGUUCCUCAAGAUCUCCGAUAAGAUUACUGUGGAUUCGAAUUUCAGAUUUUGCCAGAUGGGAUUGUGGGGCAACAUGGCGGACAGGAUCAGUGGCGCGUUUUGUACGGAAUUCCUUGGCCGUUUGCUGAACCUGCCCAAGUUAGAAGUACCAGUAGCCCUGCCGGUACCCCUGAAUGGAGGUUUAAAUAUACUCGGCGGGUCAUCCAGAGGCCAAGAUAGAACUCCCACUCAAAAUCCGCUACUAUGGAAAAAUCCGCUACCAUUUCGAUUUUAAAUGAUUAUUUAAUAAAAAUGAAUUUAAUCAUUAU